CAUCUCCGCCACAAAAGAAAUAAAAAAACAUUGAAAAAGAAUUUUCGCGCGUUUUUUUGACACUUAAUUUUCCGGGAAAUGCGCUCUUUGCUAGUGCCAUUCAAAAACGCGAAUGCAUAAUUCGAUCGUGGUACGAGACUGUUCGAAGUUCAAACUGUGGAAAAACGUGGCGUCCUGUAUGGAGAAAUGGUUCGGUGAUAAACGGUUGUGGCUAUUCGGUAACAAUCUGCCGCUGUUGCCUAGAAGAUCCCGUGCGAGCAGUCGCGCGAUGGAGCGUUACGAGAAGUUGGCCAAACUGGGCGAAGGUUCCUACGGCCUGGUCUACAAGUGUCGUAACAGGGAGACGGGCGAGAUCGUCGCCGUGAAGAAGUUCGUGGAGAAUGAGGACGACCCGCUGAUAAGGAAGAUUGCGCUGAGGGAGAUACGAAUGCUCAAGAACUUGAAGCACCCGAACCUGGUGAAUCUGAUCGAGGUGUUCCGGCGCAAGCGCAAAUUACACCUCGUGUUCGAAUAUUGCGAUCACACGGUGCUGCACGAGCUGGAGAAGUACCCUUCGGGUUGUCCGGAGCACCUAUCGAAGCAGAUCAUCUGGCAGACGCUGCAGGGGGUGGCGUACUGUCACCGUCACAACUGCAUCCACAGGGACGUGAAGCCCGAGAACAUCUUGCUCACCAGCGACGGGGUCGUCAAACUCUGCGACUUCGGCUUCGCCAGGAUGAUCAGCCCCGGCGAGAGCUAUACGGACUACGUGGCGACGAGAUGGUACCGAGCCCCCGAGCUGCUUGUCGGAGACACCAUGUACAGCACCCCGGUCGACGUGUGGGCCAUAGGCUGUGUUUUUGCCGAGCUGUUGUCAAGCGAGGCUCUGUGGCCAGGAAAGAGUGACCUGGACCAGCUGUAUCUGAUAAGGAAGACUCUGGGCGACCUUCUGCCACGGCACAUGACUAUAUUCUCACAAAACACGUUCUUUCAAGGGAUGGCGUUGCCUGAACCAACGAUGUUCGAACCAUUAGAAAAGAAAAUACCACAGAGAUAUGCUAAUAACGACUUGGUAAUAGAUUUUUUAAAGAAAUGCCUAGAUAAGGACCCCAUGAUGAGAUGGACAUGCGAGCAGCUGCUGAGGCACCCCAUCUUCGAGAACUUUCUGUUCACAGUGCCUCCCUCCGACCAUGAUGAAUUCGAGAAAAUAAGAAGAGCACAGGUGCAAUCGUCCCCACUCCUGCCACAGCUGAUCGUGGACCGCCACCAGCCGAAGGGCAAGAAGUCCGAGCUGGACGCGCGCAGCCACCUCCCCACCAUCUGACUGCCGCCCGCGCGCCAGCGGAACUGAUUGUGAUCUUACACUGAACUAAACGUUACAACUCUAUUAUUGUCUUUUAUUUUUCCACUUGUAUCCUACUUUACACUGAA